UUGGUAUUGCUUCUUUGUCUCGAUCACCUGCGUUCCCCAAGCUCUUGCCCAUUUGACAUCAUCAUCAACGCCGAAGCUGAGUAAGGAUGCAGCGAUCUUCGAUGCCACACUCAAGGGCAUUCUAUGCCGGUCGAUUCAUAUUCCUGCUUUCAAACAGUUUCGGUCUCGGUUUGUUCUUCUGUUCCUUGUGACGAUCGUCAUCGCCGUCUCCGGGCUGUGUCUAUUGAGUGGAGCCAAAAGCACAUCAACACUCGUAAUGCCGUGGAGGCACUCGUACUCCACGUCCGCGGGCCUCGAGCAAGGCAAAACAUCCCACAAGGGCCUCCUGUUCGUUCCCAGAAAGGCUCCAUAGGCGCCCAAAUUGCACCGGUGAUGGAGACUGGGUCGUGUGCCAACAGCAGCUGUCAGUUUGUCUCAGGGUUCAGCCGAACCACUGAUCGCCUCGCCCCGCUCCGCCCGCUCGUGAGGCGCAGCCAAGCUCGUCCUGCAAUCACCGCCUGCGGGCGUAAUUCAACAAACGGCCAAACCUCAGACACGCGCAGUUUUCGUGUUCUCUUACUUCGAUACCCAUAAACAGUGCAGGCCGCUCUACAUUUACAACUCUACCUUUCACUGGGUCAGUUCAGAGUGCCGGUUUUACCUCGAUCACAAGGACCUUCAUCACACACGGCGCAAGCUCUACCUCACUAUCAAGAUGGGCGCAUCGAAUCUCAUCCCGCUGGUCAUUCUCUUCCUCGUCGUUGCAGGCGUAGGCUGGGUCGGCUACCAGGUACGCCACGCAGCUCAGGUUCAUAGAGCGCCUCCGCCAGCAUCCGGAAUUCUCCCCACCCGUUCGCUCCACUCUCAUGAGCAUGUCACUGACGUCGGGCUUCAGAUCUACCUCUAC